CCCGCCCCCUCGCGGGGGUCUCGCGCGGGGUGGGCGGGGCCUCGGGCCGCGCCGGCAACAUGGCGGAGGCGGAGGGGGAGAGCCUGGAGUCGUGGCUGAAUAAGGCCACCAACCCAUCUAACAGGCAAGAAGACUGGGAAUACAUCAUUGGAUUCUGUGACCAGAUCAACAAAGAACUUGAAGGGCCACAGAUUGCUGUGAGACUCCUGGCUCAUAAAAUCCAGUCUCCACAGGAAUGGGAGGCAGUCCAAGCCUUGACAGUGCUGGAAGCUUGUAUGAAGAAUUGUGGGAGAAGAUUUCACAAUGAAGUUGGGAAGUUCCGCUUUUUAAACGAGUUAAUAAAAGUUGUGUCUCCAAAGUACCUGGGAGACCGAGUCUCAGAGAAGGUGAAGUCCAAAGUAAUUGAAUUGCUGUAUAGCUGGACAGUGGCAUUGCCAGAAGAAUCCAAAAUCAAGGAUGCCUAUUACAUGCUGAAGAGACAAGGGAUUGUCAUGUUUGAUCCUGUGAUUCCUGCAGACAGAACCCUGAUUCCUUCUCCACCACCUCGUCCCAAAAACCCUGUGUUUGAUGAUGAGGAGAAAUCCAAGCUUCUAGCCAAACUGCUGAAAAGCAAAAACCCAGAUGAUUUACAAGAGGCCAACAAGCUUAUAAAAUCCAUGGUAAAAGAGGACGAGGCUCGGAUUCAGAAGGUGACGAAGCGCAUGCACACUCUGGAGGAGGUGAACAACAAUGUCAAGCUGCUGAAUGAGAUGUUAGUUCAUUACAGCAAAGAGGAUUCAUCAGAGGCCGACAGGGAGCUCAUGAAGGAGCUCUACGAAAGGUGUGAAACCAAAAGGCGGACGCUGUUCAAGCUGGCCAGUGAGACAGAGGACAAUGACAGCAGUUUGGGGGAUAUUCUGCAGGCCAGUGACAAUUUAUCCCGUGUGAUAAAUUCCUAUAAAAAAAUAAUAGAGGGGCAAGUGAUCAAUGGUGAAGUGGAUCUGCCUGGGAUGUCUGUAGUGGAAGGGAGUAACUCCACAAAUAAUCUCAACACCCUCAUCGACCUUGCUGGACUGGACGUCACCAGCACCCCACCACCUCCAAUGCCACCCACCACCCUGACUCCAGCCCCCAGCACAGCCCCAGCCCCAGCUGAAAUCCCCAUCCUCCCACCUCCUCCCCAGACGUUCGCGCCGCUGCGGAGCAGCUCCUCCAGCCAAGUGGAAGCGGCGCCCGCUCAGCAGGGCAGCACAGCCAACUCCCUGUCCUUGCUGGAUGAGGAGCUCCUGUGCUUGGGCCUGAAUGACCCAGCCCCUGCAGCAGGGAAGGACACCUCUGAAAACAACCAGUGGAGCAUGUUUGAGAAUGACCAGCUGGACCUGGAUUUUUUCAAUCCGAAGGCGGUGACUGUUGCUUGCAACCCUACAGGGAACCCUCUUCUCCAUCACACACCACAGACCACGUGUGGGACAUCAGCCACGCUGCCUUCUGCUUUCCCAGCCUCCCAGACUGCUCCCAGCAUUCCAGCACCAAACUCAGCACCAUUUGUGUUCUCUGCUGGACCAGCUGCCCCUACCGGGCCUCCCAAGACUAUUCCAGCUGCUCCUGGAUACUUCAGCUCAUCUGUGGGCAGCAAUAUGUCACAUAAGAUGGAUGCACUGGGACAAUUCCUUGAUGAAGCCAAAGGGACUGCCACCCAAGGCAUGGCGACACCUUCAGUGUUCCCAGGGGUUGCUGUCACCUCUGCCCCGUUAGCAGCACCUGCAGGGCUGCCAGCCACUGCCCCUGGAGCCCCUCCAGCUCCCUUUCCAAGCAGCUGCACUGCUGGAUCAGGAAGUCCUCUCUUCCAGCCAGCAUCAUUCCAGCAGCAAGGCAGUCCCAUGAAAGCACCUGAAAUUUCUUUGGCCAAUGUCCACGUUCCCUUGGAAUCCAUUAAACCCAGCAGUGCCCUCCCAGUGACAGCCUACGACAAGAACGGGUUCCGGAUCCUCCUGCACUUUGCCAGGGAGUGCCCCCCGGGCCGGUCGGACGUGCUGGUCGUGGUGGUGUCAAUGCUGAACACGGCGCCGCUCCCCGUGAAGAACAUCGUGCUGCAGGCAGCUGUGCCCAAGUCCAUGAAAGUGAAGCUACAGCCACCCUCUGGCACUGAGCUGUCUCCAUUCAAUCCUAUCCAGCCGCCUGCUGCCAUCACCCAGGUCAUGCUUCUGGCAAAUCCUGCAAAGGAGAAGGUGAGGCUGAGGUACAGACUGACCUUCACCCUGGGGGACCAGCCCAGCACAGAAGUGGGUGAAGUGGAUCAGUUUCCCCCGGUAGAGCAGUGGGGGAAUCUAUGACCUCAGGACACUGCCAGAGACUGUGACAGGACCAGGGCAGGAUCCCACAGGACUGGAUGUGCCGUGGGGAGGGACACACAUGCUAUCCACUGGUGAUGUUCAGCUUUGUUUACAUGUCCUGACCACUCUGCUUGUAGCUUUAGUCCAGAAUGUUGUGCCCCGCCUUGAAGGGGCCCUGGAACAUUUAUGCCAAGCAUGAACUGAGCAGCAGCUGGUGACAGGCAGUGCUGGCUGCUUUUAUCAUGACCUCUGGGUGAAUCUGGUUCUAUCUUCCACUCUAUUAAACUUGAAGUUAUUGUAA